AUGAAUCCGGAAGCCCAUCCCAGUCAACCAUCUCGGCAGGCCCUGUGCACAAAUAGGGAGGUAGCGAAGCAUCACUCGAGCUCAUCAUUGACAGGUCUUGAUUUCGAUUUUGACUUCGCAGAAUCACACCUCAACCUCAAUUUGGAGACGAGCGAUCCAGCCGUGGAUAGACCUAGGGGACUCGCACUGAGGGUUUCGAAUCGAAAAAAAGUUGAUUUCCACGGAUGUGACCUCGGCGAACCGAACAAAACUCAACGAUGCUCUAUAUACUCCAAAGAGUGGAGGCGACAAGUCAAAGAGGCCUACGCCCAGGGUCACCGACAAGGAAGGAAUGACGCAGUGGCGACAGCCGCAGCGAUUCCAAAGCUCAGUGAACAAGAUGUCGACGACAAGGCCCCAAAUGGAAUCUUGGAGGACAAUGGUAAGAUGGUACAUGACAAACUUGAGCCACCACCGCAGAGUCACUCGUCUGGGACAGAAUUGUUGCGCAAACAGGACACUUCAGACAUUAAUAUGGUAGGGAAUGCAACUAAGGUGCUGACUCCAGUGGAAGAGUUGCCUACGAGACAUGAUGGAGACAAGCAGAAGAAGAAGAGGUUCGCCAAAGUCCGAGCCCUGUUAUCAAAGCGUAAAGCUUUUACAGCGAACGAGAUUCCCUCCUCUUCCGUUAAAGUCUCGAGUACUGCUCCCACCUCGGCCGCAACCCGAUUGCGUGGCGGAGGUAACGAAUUGUCUGGACGUCCCCAUGAUCAUCUAUCCUAUGAUCAUCAUGAGUAUCGACAUGGCCGUCGGCACCGUCAGACCAGAUCUCUAUCGACUUACGAUGCAGUGCUCAUCUACCCAACCAAGAAUUUGGGCGAAGGUAUAGGGGAUAACAGAAGCAGGCGGCCUCCGCGCGGCUCCAGUCACCGCCUACUCUCUCCAGCCAGAAGUCGAGUUUGUGAGGAGUCUCCCUAUGAAUCCAAAUGA